ACAGCUCCUGGCGGUGGAAUGCCAACUUUCUUCGGCGGCACGGCGCUGCCAGGCCAUCCGUGUCUCAGCCCUCCAGCCAGCCAGCCCGUCGGCUCAGCUUCGGCUUCCUAUCAGCAAGCUCCGGGAACCGCAGUGCAGGCUGCUCCCUGAACAAACCAGAAAAACAGCCCUCCUCUCCUCUGCUCUGGUGCUCGCGGCCCCGCCCGCAGCCCCGUCCUGCCCCCUGUCCCACCCGCCCGGGGCGGAGAGUGAACCACCCGGGAGGCCAGCUUUGGACUUCGAACCCUCGGGUAUGUGCUGCCAGUCUCCCCGCAGCCUGUGUGGUCGUGCUCUGCAGUCCAUGGAAGGAGCCAGGGUCCCCUCGCCCGGAGACGAGCUGGAGCUCUCGGAAGUCCAGAGGCAGCCCGACGAGCGGACGCCUCUCAAUGGAGCCGUCCAGAUCAUCCCUUUCCCGGCUGAGGAGCCAAGUCCAGCCCAGGCUAAGCAGAAAAGCCCUUGGAGCUCCUGCAAUAGGAAAUUGUUCGGAAAGUGUAAACUGUGGAUGGCUAUCCUCUCCAUUUUCGUAGGUCUCAUUAUAAUGAUCAUCAUAAGCUUGUGUCUUAUGAAAGUAACUUACAUCGAUGAAGAUGAAAAUGAAAUACUUGAGUUAUCGUCAAAUAAGACAUUCUUGGUCACACUAAAGAUUCCAGAGGAGUGUGUCACUGAAGAGGAAUUGCCUCACCUGCUCCAGAAAAGGCUUGUAGAUGUGUAUAGUUCAUCGCCAUCUCUGAGCCGUUACUUUACUUCAGUGGAAACGAACUUCAGUUUGCCCUUCAGAGGAGAAAAUGCCACCAUAACCUACCACCUGCAGUUUGGGGUUCCAUCCGAAGACAAAAAUUUUAUGAAAUACAUGAUGAGUGAGGAAUUGGUGCUGGGCAUUUUGCUACAGGAUUUCCAUGAUCAGAACCUGUCUGGCUGUGAGACUCUGGAGCUUGAUCCAGAGUCCCUCCUGCUGUACGGUAAGUCGAGCAAGUCAAGAAGACAGAGUUGUGCUGGUGAGCAAGUGAGCCAGGCCGGGGACAGAGGGUUCAGGUUAAUUUCUGUGGGGGUGAUGUUUCCUGUUCUGUGGAGGUUACACAGUCCCUGCUCUCCAUGAUCAGACUGAGUAGUUGGGGGAAAAUCAUGGAAAAAAUAAUUGAACGAUAAAGAUGAGGAUUGCUGAAUGUUUUCUUGUUGUAGUUCACUUACAUGCUAAGCCCCACAUUUCACUUUCUGAUAUUAUUAGUCAGGUCUACCUCAUUUUAUUGUACUUUACUUUAUUGUGCUUCAUGGAUGUUGCAGUUUUUACAAAUCAAAGGCAUGAGCCUUCACCAGCAAAGAGAUUUUUACUCGCCUUAUUGUGAUUCUGUCUUUAUUGUGGUGGUCUGGAACCCAAGGCUCAAUUUCUCUGAGGUAUGAGUGCAACCUUCAUGGAAACACCAUGGUUUUGCGAGAGAAGAAAGUGUUAAAGAAUUUGAGAUAAAUGAUUUGAGAGUUAAAUCAUUGAAGGAUUAUCUCAAUAUGGGAACUUCACUCAUUUCCUGUUGAAGGCCAAUGAGUUCAUUAACAAAUUAACAGAAGGGCAUAAAAAGUUAAGUUAACCUCUUUCCUUAGAAGAUUAUAAUAAGUUUACUUAUGCACUGCUGUUAAGACUAACAGCAGAACAAGAAAGUGAUACAUUGUCUAAUAAGCACAGAAGACACCCUGCUUGUCAGGAGAACUUUUCACACUUUGCCCAAGACCUAGAAAAGAGGAAGGUGGGAGGUGGAACAGCCACAACUUUGAAAUGUCCUUCCAUUGUCGGCUCUGAAGCUUUGACCUUUGACUCUCAAUCCCUUCUCACUUUCCAUUUCUGAGUCCUCCCUUGUGGAGGCGCUGGCUCUCAUUAGCCCCACAUGCCAACAGUCUUGGGUGUUUUAUUUUCUCAUCUACCAUCCAUCAGAAACACUCUCUGCACAUUUGUGGUCAUAAAUACUAGUUGAAUGAAUGAAAAAGGCAAAUCAGAAGAAGAUGUGGUUAGCACCAGGCACAGUGCCAGCAGCCUGGCCUCAGAAGUGCGAACAGAGAGAUUAUGAAGCACUUGUGUGACUUCAUAGCACGAGAAGAGGCAGGUGCUCACUAUGAUGACACAUUUCUUGAGGAUGGGAGGUGAGAGUAGAUUAAUCUUGGCCUAAGAACACAGAAAAUUACAGUAAGCAAACGAAUAGAAAGAAUGACAUUUAGAAGGCCAAACUUCAGCUCACUGGGAAAGUCUCAUAAACGAAUAGUCAGUCUACUUAUAGAGCAGCUGAAUAAAUAAAGUGUGCCUGUGGGCCAGGCCGAUGGCAUACAUCUGUGCGGUGAAGGAUUACGCACCUUCUACAAGAAUUUUAAAAAGAAAGGAAAAAACCCUAUGACCUCAUCCUGUGUAAAGAGGUGAGAGAAGGGAACUCUAAUGGCUGCUGUGGUGUGACUGGUCUCAAUGUCCUCAGGCCUCUGUAAAUUCUGUGGUUACCUGCCCUUUCCAAACACAGGUGUGGGAGGACAGA